UGGCGUCAUCUCUUUAUGGUGUGUAUGUCAGCUUUCGUUCGGGAUCUGUCAAUUCCAUGAUACCUGUCCAAAAUAAUAUGGCCGUCAAAUCUAUCAGUUGUGCUAAAUCAUUCCUGAAAAAUAUUUAGCCAAAAAUAAACAUCGGUGCGUAAUUAUCGGCGAAGAAACCAAUUGUUUAACUUUUAAGACUAUUGUAGUAAGAAUUAGAAAGGGCAAGAUGAAAAUUACACUGAAGAAUCUGCAACAGCGACUUUCGUCGUGGAGAUAGAGCCGACAAAAACGGUGAAAGAGCUGAAGAGGAGGAUCGAAACGGAAAAAGUGAAGGAGUAUCCGUGCGAGAAUCAAAGACUGAUCUAUGCAGGUAAAAUACUUACCGAUGAGACUCCACUGGCAGAAUACAGCAUCGACGAGAAAAAGUUUAUUGUGGUUAUGGUGACAAAACCCAAACAACCUGAGAAGACAGAGAGCGGAGAUGGAAAUACAAGUACCCCAGCCGCAACGACGACAGCACAACCCCCUGCCGCAGCCACUCAACCGGCGGCGGCUCCAGCGUCAACGCCUGCACCGACCACUCCCUCUACAGAUUCUGCAACCACCGGCCAGGCCACGCCUCCUGGUGCCGCCCAAGCGCUCAGUAGUGCGGCUGCGGAAUCCGCCCUUCUUAUGGGGGAGGAGUAUGAGAAUAUGGUGCGGAACAUCACCGAUAUGGGAUAUGCUCGCGAUCAGGUGGAAAGGGCGCUAAGAGCUAGUUUUAACAAUCCAGAUCGAGCUGUAGAAUAUCUUAUUACUGGUAUUCCCGUCGUAGAUGAGCAAGAAGCGGUGCAAGAAUCGGCCGACAUGUCAUCGGUAGACGAACGUGAAUCAGACGCAAACGAUCCGCUGGCCUUCCUGCGUCAACAGCCGCAAUUCCAGCAGAUGCGCCGCGUCAUCCAACAGAACCCGCAGCUGCUGAACGCCGUCCUGCAGCAAAUCGGCCAGACGAACCCUGCUUUGCUGCAACUGAUCUCGCAGAAUCAGGAGUCGUUCGUGCGGAUGAUAAACGAGCCGGGCCAAGGGGGCGGAGCUACCGUUGGAGGCGGGGCACUGCCAGCGCAGGCGGCGCAAGGUGGUGGAGGCGGCGGCGGUGGUACUCCGGCUACAGGGGUUCCUGCAGGAGUUGGAGGCCUUCCCCAAGGCAUGAUCCAAGUGACGCCCCAAGACAAAGAUGCGAUCGAGCGGCUAAAAGCCCUAGGAUUCCCGGAGCAUCUCGUUGUGCAGGCGUAUUUUGCUUGCGAGAAGAAUGAAAAUCUAGCAGCCAAUUUCCUUUUAUCGCAAAAUUUCGAUGACUAGGCCAUUUUCAAAACACAUCCAUCUCCCAUCAAAGUAUACCUAUAUAUACCACUGGCAAAACGGUUUUUUGACAUCUCUUACCUAUCUUGUGUGGAAGAAGAGCUAGCUGGUGAGCCCAAAUGUAACAGAAACCCAACUCCAUAUACAAACGGUAGGUAACGGUAGAUGAAAAAAUCGUAUUGUCAGUAUGGUUACAUAGUUACGUUUUUUUGAUCGAUUUUAAUGUCGUUUUUUCCCUGGUUGAUUGUAAAUGAGAAGGCAAAUACGCCCGUACCCGGUAUUGGGUAUUUAAAAGUACCCGAACAACAAACUGAUUUCUUCGAGUUACUGACAGCUGAUGGAAAUUUUGGACAGAUAUAAUGUGGAUUAACAAUUUUAUGCAUUGAAAUUUUUGCAGUCUGGAAGAUAUUUUCCAGAAAUAUCAUCCCAAAGCCGUGUAUAUGCCUGUUUGCCUUGAAACGGGUGGAAUUCAGGUAUAGGUGCAACAUUUUAAAAACCAUUGAAAAUCCACAAAAUAGUUGAUUCUCUGUAGUGCACUUGUUGAUACCCAGAUUCUGCCUUAGAUUGCCUGUUCACCUAAAAAAACCUUUACUAGUUCAUAGGGUCCAAAUGUUGCCAGAUGUACUGCAAUUUAUCAGCCAUUAUUCUUUAUUUAUAUGUAUUGCAUAUAACUGGCAAACUGGACAGUUGCUUUAUUUAAAGUGAAACGGAGGGGGAGGGCAAAAUUAAGUAAAUCAAAUAUACAUUUAUACGAAAAUUUUAAUAAAUAUUUUAAAGUGGAGGAAUUGAAGGACACUUUAUGUAUAUUUUAGUGGUUUGUAAUAAACUUGCUCAAAAAAAAUUUGUUUUGCCUGCUUUUUAUGUUCUUACAUUCAUAAGUAUACAUUAUGAAGAGGAUAUCAAGUAUAACGUAAAUGUUAUACCGAAACAUUUGUUUCAUAAGUUUUUUGCCUGGUUCCGGUUUUCUUAGUAAGAAAAUAGAUGGUUACGUUGAAUCGCAUAAACAUUGUAUAAAGACUUCAUAUUAUAAAAAUUACUCGAAUUUUGGACUUCAUCGGUUUUGUUACAAUUUUGAAUGCAAAAAACAAGUCUUUCGAAGAAGAUGAAUUUCUUACAAAGAAUGAUUUUUAAAACUGGGAUUCAUCUGCGCAAUUUUAGUGAUACAGCACAAUUUUUGUAGGUAGAUUUAUUUACAUUGUACUUUAUAGCAUUUAUAUUAUUGAACACCUUCAUUAGGUUCAUAAAUUUUCAUAGUGUAUCACAAAAUUCCAUAAAAAACGCGUUGUACAGGGUGGCCGAUAUGUAACUGACUGGUUUGUAACCUGACCUAUUUUUUUUCAUCUUAAUCUUUUAUUUAAACUUCGAAAUCAUGUAUGAAAAAUAAUAUCAGACAAAAGUCCGUCUCUAGAAGCCGCGCAAGCCUGAGCCCUCAGGAGGAAUAUUUUCAAUCGCUUCCGUAAUAUUGUUCCUCAGCUGCUCUGCAGUAUUUAGUCUGUACUUUUCAAAAAUCUCCAUAAAAAAGUCAGGAGCCGUUAAAUCCGGUGACCUUGAUAGCCAGUUGACAUCACCAAAUCGAGAAAUUAAACGUCCUGGGAAUAUUGUUCGCAAAAGACUCAUUGUUUCCCUAGCUGUGUGACAAGUUGCUCCAUCCCGCUGGAACCACAUGUUUUGCAGGUUAAUCGACAAGAAUGUAGUGGUGUUGAUGGAUGACACGAGGGUUUUGUAAUGCUCAGAUACAAUUUUAUUUUGGGCAUUAAGCUGCAAUAUUGCAUGACUAUAUUGUCGGCGACUUUCAUGGUCACUAGGCUGUAGUUUUUUGGUUAACUGAAUUUUGUAUGGCCGCAAAUGCAAAUCUUUUUUUUAACAUAGUGCAUAAUGACGUGUGACGAAUACCCAGUUCUUGAGAACGAUGUCUGGUAGACGUCUCAUGGCGUUCCGCUACACUUUCACAAACUCUCUCGAUAUUUUCCCGAGUACGAGCAAUUCGAACACGUCCCGACCUUGGCAAGUCAUCUCAUGUUUGUUCAUAUUUCCGCAUUGACGAAUGGUGUAGACACUUGGCACAUUAUUUGGACCGAAAUCUUGGUAGCUUCCGAUACGCGGCAACAAUCGACUCAUUAUUUAAGUAACACGUUUUAACAAUACGGACGCGUUGUGGGAUCGUUAGCGCUCCAUGAUGAAUUGGUCACAUGUGCUUUAAACAACUACUACGGCGCCAUUUCUGCGUGUAUCAAAUGUUGCGCGCAGUUUAAAUCGGUCAGUUAUAUGUUGACCACCCUGUAUUUAUAUUACUACUCAAAUUUUAUUGUGUGAGAUGUGUAUUCCAGCAAUUAUUGAGAUCAGAAAUACAUCGUCAAGAUGGACAGCAAAACAAAUAGUUUUGCUGGCUGAUCGUCAUUUGUACAUACAACACCUAGAAUUGCAAAAGAAGUAAAAUCACGACUGGCUUUUUCGAGUCUACAAUGAAUUGAUCGGCUAGGUUUUUUUGGUGGAUGGACAGUCUAUAGACUCAUGUUUUUUCUUUUCUUGUUAUUGUGUCGAUGAGGUUUGUAUUGUAAUUUGCUGUAUAUAGGCUCAAAAUAGAAAAGUACUGCUGCUUGGAGGUUUAAAUUUUUUAUUUGUAAUUGUAAUAUAAUUAUAUAUUUUGGAAUCAAGUAAUGUUACAGGUAAAUAUAGUCAUAAAGGUAAUUUGUUUUUCAUUUUAUCCAGGCUAAAUAAUAUGGUAGUGUUAAUGCAUUGCAGUCAACUUUUUUUUGAUUUAUUUUAAUAAAAACUAUAGUUAA